AUGGCCGCUCCCGAAGUUCACCACCUCUUCCACAACCCCAUCGCCGACCACUCGUUCUCGGCCGAUCGUUCCGUCCUCGCCGUCGCUCGUGACACCGCUGUUGAGCUCUACGGCAGAGUCGGCAAUGCCUACAAGCUGAAGGACGAGCUCAAGGGCCACGACAAGACGGUCACGAGUGUCGACAUUGCUCCCAACAGCGGGCGCAUUGUGACCUGCUCUCAGGACCGUAACGCCCUGGUCUGGGAGCCCUCUCCCACCGGUUACAAGCCGACUCUUGUUCUGCUCCGAAUCAGCAGGGCUGCCACGUUUGUGCGCUGGUCGCCGUCCGAGACCAAGUUCGCCGUCGGCUCCGGCGACCGUGUCAUCGCCGUCUGCUACUUUGAGGAGGAGAACGACUGGUGGGUUUCCAAGCACCUGAAGAAGCCCAUCCGCAGCACCAUCACGAGCGUUGCCUGGCACCCGAACUCGGUCCUCCUUGCCGCCGGCUCCACCGAUGCCCACGCCAGAGUCUUUUCUGCCUUCAUCAAGGGUAUGGACGCCCGUCCUCCUCCCGGAGUCUGGGGCGAGCGACUCCCUUUCAACACUGUCUGUGGAGAGUACCUGAACAACUCUGCUGGCUGGGUUCACUCGGUUUCUUUCUCCCCAAGCGGUGACAGCCUUGCCUUUGCUGCUCACGACAGCAGCAUCACUGUUGUGUAUCCCUCCGGACCUGAGCAGCCUCCCCGCGCUGUUGUCACUGUCACCACCCAACAGCUGCCUUUCAAGAGUUUGAUCUGGACCAGUGAGGAUGAGAUCAUUGCUGCCGGUUAUGACUGUGAGGCCUUCCGCUUCCAGGGAGGUGAGGGUGGUUGGCAACUGGCUGGUACCAUCGAGACAAAGGGCCGCCCCAGCCUGGGCGAGCACCGUGAGGAGUCUGCCCUCAACAUGUUCCGACAGAUGGAUCUGAAGGGCAAGGCCAAGGACGACACUCAGCUCAAGACGGUCCACCAAAACACCAUUAGCACCGUUCGACCUUUCGAGACUGAUGGGGAGCGUGUGACCAAGUUUAGCACAAGCGGCGUUGAUGGUAGGGUUGUGGUCUGGGCUGCGUAG